AUGGAUGCAGAGAGCUCAUACCACGGCUCAAUACAUGUGAGACGGCUUGUCCCCAGAGAACGUGCUGAUGGAGAGGCAAGGAUCAUACGCCAAUACUUUGCUGCCAAUCUUAUUUACACCCCUGAAAAGUUUCGUGAAAGGUUCCAUAUGAAGCGUCACGUGUUCAUCCGCAUUCUUAAUGCAGUUCAGUAUGUGGACAGCUACUUCCAGCAACGCGAGGAUUGUAUUAGGCUUUUAGGAUUGAGUGCUUUGCAGAAGGUGGUAGCCGCAAUGAGCAUACUGGCGUAUGAUUUUCCGUUAGAUGCCAUUGAUGAUUAUGUGCAAAUUGGCACGUCAACCGCUCGUGAGGCUCUUAACCAUUUCUACAGUGCUGUUAUAGAUGCCUUUGGGGAGGAAUACCUGCGUUCUCCAACCCCUGUCGAUGUGGCUCGUCUACUGCAAGAGGGUGAGAGACGAGGUUUCCCAGAUGGUAUAUACCCUGAUUGGCCAGCAUUUAUCAAGAGUGUUCACCAUCCUAUGGAGAGGAAGACACAACGUUUUGCUGCUGUGCAAAAGGGUGCGCGCAAGGAUAUUGAGAGAGCUUUUGGAGUUCUUCAAGCUAGGUGGGCAGUAAUCUGUGGGCCGGCUUAUGGAUGGGACAGGGAGCAGCUUUCUGAUAUUAUGACCGCUUGUAUUAUCAUGCAUAACAUGAUUGUCGAGGAUGAGAAGUCUGAUGCCAUCAAUACCAACUUCGACAACAUUGGCAGACAAGUCAAUCCUUCAGGUGGAAAUGUAGUGGAACGGGAAGCAUUUGUAGCAGCACAUCACAAGUUGCGUGACCAAGCUCUCCAUAUCCAACUUCAGAAGGAUCUCAUCGAGCACAACUGGAUGCGAUAUGGUUCAACCUAG